AUGGCUGCUUUGCUAUGGUCAUUACUCCUAUCUGCAUUUCAUGCAGUAGCACUAGCACAACAAAGGCACUUCAAUAUAACUCUUGACUCUUCUCUAACACCUACUGCAAACACAUCAUGGUUUUCACCCACCAGGACUUUGCCUUUGGGUUUUAUGAACAAACCAAUGGCUAUGCUGUUGGAAUCUCCAUCAUCGGCAGGAGGGAAAGAAAUCUGUGUCAUAAAUCCCUCUCAAGCCAUUGCUUCAGCUUCCAUGCUGGACACUGGCAACUUUGUGAUCUAUAAUUCUGAUCACAAUGUCAUUUGGCAAAGUUUUGACAAUCCAACAAACACCCUUUUACCUGGCCAGCAUCUGUCAGCUGGACAAGAGCUGUUCUCGAGUGCCUCGAAAGCAGACGACUCAUUUAGGACUUUCCGUCUCAAAAUGCAAAAUGAUGGGAACCUCGUUCAGUACCCUGUCCAUACACCAGAUGAUGUCUCAUAUGCUUACUUCGCAACAGAAACCAAUACAGCAGGGAAUAACGUUACACUGAAUCUUAAUGAUGACGCCCACCUCUACUGGUUCAAUUCCACCAUCAGUCUAAUAAAUCUAACCAACAAAGGCUACCUUAGGGAAAGGACCAUCAUAUAUGUGACGAAAAUUGAUGUUGAUGAUGAUCAAAUUAAAUGUGCAUGUCUUCCGGGAUUCGAUUUUGUAAUGCAAGGAAAAUGGAGCUCAGGCUGUGAAAGGAAUUUCACUGCAGAAACCUGUCGGUUAAAGGAGAAUACUUCCAAAUACUACGUCAUGAGAACCGUUGACAACACAAAAUGGGAAGAUAUUUCUUGUGAUGUUUUGGUCACAACAACCAAAGAAGAUUGUGAACAAGCAUGCCUACAGGAUUGUAACUGUGGGGCUGCUCUGUUCAAAGCUACAGAGUGUAGAAAGCAAAUGCUGCCUCUGAGGUAUGGAAGAAGAGACAUGAGUAACGCUAAUCAAGCAUUGGUCAAGGUGGGCAUUAAUGUAGUUGCCAAAAAAGGAUUGCCUAACCAGAAUGAAGAAACAAACAACAAUAACAACAUACCCAUCAUUACAAAAGGCAAAAAGCUAAGAAUAGACUUUGUAAUUGCAAGCAUUACACUAGCUGUUUUUGCUUUGUUGGUCUUAGGCAUCUCCGGAUUCCUUAUUCACAGAAAUCACUGGACUUACAGGAAAAUCCAGGAGAGUAGAAGUGUUCAGUUAUGUGAGAAUGUUGCUCCAAGAGCAUUUUCCUAUGCAGAACUAGAGCAGGCAAACCAGUGGUUUCAAAGAAGAAUUAAGAAGAGGAGCAUUUGGAACGGUAUUUAA